UUGGAAGAUCAUCUCGGAUUCAUCUUAACGGAGGAAUAAACAUGUCAUGCUGAUUUCGAUGUCAACUCUGAGUCACUGUCCAAACAGAAACGGGGACGGGGGCGAGGACACGAUGACCGGCUGCGUUUUGUGGAAAUGUGCGCAUUAACAAGCAGCUUUUGAAAGCGCGCUUCAUUUGCGUCACGGCUCUUCUGUUCGUUUGCUCUCUUGCGACUGGCCCCAUACUGAUAACAGACCACUGGGCCAAGAAACACAUGACGUGGAGCAGCGGCGACAAAACAUCAUAAUGGGAUAACUUUAUUUGGUUGGCCCGCUAAUUAGUCCCUGCUGUGAAACAACUGUAGUGCAGAAAAAACAUGUUCCUUCUUAUACACUAAAGGUUUAAUCCAUCAUAUUUAAAGUUAAAUGGAUUAAUUUAAACAUAUGAAUUGCAGCAUAUUGGUAGUCAACAUUUUCUUUUGUUGUUAUUACCUGUUUAUAUCCUUUUUCAUAUAAUGCAUCCAUAUUCAAUGUUAAUAUUUUUUUAUGAAGUCAAACGGGUUAUUUCGACACUAAUUCAUAGGCUCGUUGUUUGAUGACUCCUAUAGGCUAUCAGAGGGAUUAAUCAGUGUUUAACGUUGUAUUCUAACAGCCUGCAUUAGAGGCUAUCUAUAGAUAAGCCUCGAAGUGUCUUUGCUUCCGAAGUCGGUUAAACAGGUCAAAUAAGACAAAUGGCCUUUGCCCUACUGUAACCUGGACAUAGAAAUUAAAGGGGAAUUAGUCCUUUAUUUAUUAUAUUUUACAGCCGACUCUCGGGUCAUCUUCACCUUUCCUUUGUGUUGUCUUUCCACCAUCAUCAAUCACGGCCCAAUCAUCUCCUGGUGUUAGCGGUAUACGGCGACGGCCUGUCAUCAGAGGCAGCGGGCUGCCCUUAUCACCAGCCGUCCCACCAGGUGUAGAACCUCAGUCCGCUCUCACUAAAAAUGACAACAGGAGCUCUGCGCCUCUGGCUCGUCCUCGCUCUCCAGCUGAGGUGCGUCGCUCUCCCGCUGGAGAGGGGGAAAGCAGAGCGGCAGGACGGUUUGGAUACGACGAACGCGGCGAGCGAGAAGGUGGACGCCUUGCUGCAACUAAAUGAUCUACCUCGAGGAGUGGCGGCUCCUCACAAGAAGGCACCUCAGUUUAUGUUGGAUCUUUUUAACGCGGUGACAGACUCCGACGGGAGCCCGAAGAGCCAGAAGGAGAUUCUGGAAGGAAACAUAGUCCGAAGUUUCGAGGAUAAAGGUCAUGCUGGAGAGAGGUUUCACUUCUUCAAUCUAUCAUCUUUCGGUAGAGAGGAGAGAAUGAUCAAAGCGGAGUUCCGUUGGUUUCGAAAGAAACAGAAGUUUUUCCUCGGAAAGCUUUAUGGGCCACAUUUCUAUAAGGUGGAUCUGUAUGAGGUGCUGGACAGCCGAGUGAAGCCAUGGAGAGGAAACCUCAUCACCUCCAGACUGGUGCCCCUUUACACACAAGGAUGGGAAGUCUUCAAUGUCACUCAAACGGUGUCAAAGUGGAUCCGCAACAGCCAGGAGAAUAAUGGCAUCCUUGUGGUGACCACACUUCCCUCUGGGAGCUGGAUGGAGUCAGUGGUGUCCUCAUCCAAGCGGAAUGGAGAGCUGACGGACACGAAUGCCUACCUGGUCAUAUUCUCAGACGACGGGAGGACAGGAGCAUCAAACCAGUCAUACCUGGGACAGGCCCAACCUGCAGCACCUGAGCCUUACGAUCACCGCAGCCGGAGACGGCGUGCCUCUCCGGGUUUCCUGCCCCACGGCCGCUCCCAGUCCUGCCAGCGGGUCCCCCUCUUCGUCGACUUUGAGGAGAUCGGCUGGUCCGGCUGGAUCAUCUCCCCGCGGGGAUACAACGCCUACCACUGCAAAGGCUCCUGCCCGUUCCCGCUGGGGGGGAACCUCAGAGCGACCAACCACGCCACGGUGCGCUCCAUCAUACACGCGCUCAAGCUCUCCAGUGACGAAGUGGGAGCCCCCUGCUGUGUUCCCGACAGACUCCAGUCCAUCAGUUUGUUAUAUUUUGACGAUGAGGAGAAUGUGGUUUUGAAGCAGUAUGACGACAUGGUGGCACUAAGCUGCGGCUGCCAUUGACUGGCUGUGCAUCUCCUUCACUCUUUAACACUGGAACAAUGAGGGAUGGGGAGAUGAUGGUUUGCUUAAAACACUGUAUUUUUGUGCAUAAUGUUAAAUAUUGUAUUAUUUUGAGAAAUUAAACAACUGUUCCUCAGCUAGUAAUCAGUGAUCCUUUGAAUAGAUUUACAAUUGGAGAUUAUUUGUUGUUUGUAGUCAUAGAUUAGUGAUGCACUAGUUGAUGAUGGUUGGUAGGGAGUGUUAAUUAAGAUUAAACUGAAAUCAUAACUGUCUACUUUUUCUUCAGGUGUUUUGGGGGCCCUUGAUUUGGUGACACUUAGCCAGCCCAUAAUAAGGGGUUAAAAAGAAAUCCAAUAAAUGACCAUUGCUUCUUCUCUCGGUUGUUAACUGGCUAGCAUGGGCGUAACUGUAGACAGUGCAGGCAGUGCGGUUGCACGGGGGGCUGUUUUAUGGAGAAUAGGCCCUUAUAAGUGAUUUAGAGAACUCACACUUUUUUUUUCUCUGUAAACCAGUCAGUAACAAUCUUGUAUAUGC